UUGGAAAUAAAGAGUCUUAAAGGGAAUAAAUUUCAGAAUAAAAUGUUAAAUGAACGUAUGAUAGAAACUUUAUUUUCUGAAUUAUUGAGAAAUUAUUAAAACUCAAUCACUUAAAUUUGAGUAAGGAAAAAUAACAUAUACAUAUAUAUAAGCUGCGUCCCCCUCCUUCAUAUUCAUUGUUAGUACUGAAACUAUAGAAUAUAUGACAUGAACUGUAGAUUUUCAAUGGUGGCAAUGAAUAUCAGAACACAACUAUAGUAUUUUACUAAUAGUGAUUGUAACACGCAUGCGCGAGUGACAGGUAUGGCUGGCUCCAGACUUAAAGACAUGUAAGGACAGAGUGUAUCUUGAGAUUUAACCUUCAAAGUCUGACGUUUAGGAAAAUAACAGCAGUAGCAAUAUAAAAAUAUAUGACGCAUAAGACGUGAGUCGCCUAUGGCUUCUUUUAACUCUUGACGUUAUAAAUAUAAAAAUAAAGAUAAUUAAUAACGUUAUUUGAAUUUGGUAUAUUUUGCAACAAGCUCCUUGGAAUACCUUUGACAGUACAAAAGAGAACUACAGACGAGAUAUCAUGAAUUCUAAUACAAUGACAAGUGAAAGUUUAUUUAAACUGCAAUGUUUAAUUAAAACUGCUGAGAUACAGCAUAGUGUGCAAUGCAAGCUCGAGGAAAAGUUAUUUUUGGCUCUAGUGACUAACAAUUCUGACAUUAUUCUCUAUUUGAAAAGAGAAUCUUCUUGUCUGCCUGUGAUUAAAAGGAUACCUUGGUUUCAAGCACCACAUAAACAAAUUGCUGCUUUUUGUUUUGAUCCAUGUGGUGCUUGGUUAUUGUGUGUGACACUAGAUAGUUCAUUAUAUAUAAUUCCUGCUUUAGCUCUAGUAGGAGAAAGUCAAGUUUUCAACAAAAAAUGGAAGAUUAACGAUGUGACUUAUAUCCCUUUCAUGACUUCUCAGCUUUCUCAUUUCAGGCCAACCACUAUUACAUGGUGGAAAGAUAUAAAAAUGUCUGUUGACAUAGGUAUCAUAGGAACUGAAUGCGGAGCAAUUAUACUUAUAAAUCUCUCCAAUGGUCAACAAAUGGGCAUAAUGCACAUCAAUGGAAGUAUUAACAGUUUACAAAUUUGCCAAAAUGAAAACAAUGAGGGCACAUUUCUCUUGAUAACUAAUAAACUUCAGCAACAGUGGCGUUUACUUUUGGAGCAACACACAUAUAAUUUUUUACAUAAUCUUGAAAGCAAAGAGCCUCAUGAUAAUGUAAAUUUAAAUGAUACUAUCUAUGAUAAUAUAGAAGUUUCUGUUCCUAGUAAAUCCAAAUUACAAGAGCUCAAACAGCUCUCUGUUGAAAAGCUGGCGAUUCUUAAGCAGAAGUUAAUUGAAACUAAAAAUCAAACAUUGAGAGAUAGUAGUAAUUCUCAAUCUCAUGAUGCUGCAAGCAAUAAGGUAAAUGAUAGUGGAAUUUCCACUAAUGCGGAAACAUCAUCAGAAUCCAAAUCGGGUUUUAUUGGUCCAGAGCCAAUACUGAAAGAUACCUUUCUCUCUUCACAAUAUGACAGGGAAGGUCGGCAAUUGUAUACAUAUUACCAUCCUAUUACCAAUCAUAUCACAGUACAUGGUUCAGAUUUAGCUAUGGUACCUUUAUCAAUACAUAAAAUAUUUGAUUCUUGUGACACUGUUUUACUAGCGCACAAAUUUUUUUUUGUUACCGAUAUUAAUCAACAUAUAAUAUACAUAAUAUCUGAUCAAUUGUCUGAAACUCAUAUAAAUGGAGAUUGUGAAUUUAAUUUUGAGUCUGUAGUUGGAGUUUUUUCAUUUAAGAGCAGUAAAGAAAUAAUACGUGCGGUGUAUAAAGUAACAAAGUUUAAUAAUGUGAUAUCAAAAAAAGUUUUUCAAGAAAUUGAGAAUAAAUAUACGUUAGCAAAGAAUGCAAAAGACUUGAAGAUAGAAAUACCCACUCUAGAUGCUUGCAUAAUUGUUACAAAUCGUUGUGUAUACGAAGUUAUUUUAAGGAAGUCAUUUCUAUCAGUUUUCAUGGAAUUGGUAUUGAAGAAAAAUGAACUAGAGAAAGCGGGAAAAUUAGCAACGAUCUUUGGAUUAAACGGGCAGCAUUUUCUAGAGUAUGCUGGUGACAUAUUUCUGUCAAAUAAAGAAUUCGCACGUGCAAUAACUGCCUAUAAAAUUUCUAAGUGUAAAUUAUUGAAAAGUGUAUUAAAGUUUGCAUCAGUUGGCCAUACUUCAGAACUAUUGAGUUGCCUCACACACUGUUUACUAACCCCAGCUAUUAUCGAUAUGCAUAUCGCCACUAGAAUACAUCUAUCCAAUUUAUGUGUACUUGCUUUCAUCGAGAUGACAUUAAGGGUUUGGUCCGAGCAAUCUAAAGCAAUUUACAAAGAGUUCUUAUACUUUUUAUCUACAAAUACAUUUUACGACGAAUUGUUAGCUAUUAAUAUAGCUGGUCAAACUUAUCUCUGGGAAGUGUUGCAUCAUUUAGCUACGCAAAGGAGUCUGUAUAGUCAGAUGUUGGAUAUUCUUAUGAAGGCAGUACAAACGUUUGGCACGAACGAUUUUCACCCAAAAUCAUAUGGUGUGCUCAUAUGUUUAAGUGAGUCUGGUCUAAUGCAAGCGAUGUUACUAAACCAUGAGUUAGCUAGAUCUCACAUGAUGUUCGUACGUAGUAAUUUACGAGACUCUCAAAUUUUUGUGCUUCAGAGAUUAGUGACAUUGUACGAUCCAACGAAUCCAGUAUUACGAACUAGAUUAAUGAAAUGUAAAGAACGCCAUAGAACGACAUCUCAUAGUCGACGAUCUAGUCAAUGUGACUCUACAGACGUUACGGAUAAUAUUGAUCAACCAGAUACGCUUAUAGAGGAGAUAAUAGAAACAUUUAUAUUAGUCCUAUUGACACUUAUUCAUAAGAAACGGAUAUUAAAUCCGAACUAUAAGCCCAUCUUUUUGUAUGAUAAACAGUUACCGGAAAUAAGCCAGGAAGAGUUACAAAUGGCACCGCAUGUUAAUUUUAAAAAGAAAAUACUAAGCACUGGAUUUUCUCACGUUGCUCUCAUUAGAAACGCCAAUGUUUAUACUUGGGGUAGUUCAGUGCAAGGUUGUUUAGGAAUUGGCUCGUGUGUAUUGCGGUACGGUGCCCCCCACGCUUUGUGUUUCUUCCGGAGGAUGGAAAUAGAAGUCUUCAGUGUAUCGUGUGGACACUGUCACACUUUGACAGUUACCAAUAACGGGAUCUACGUUUGGGGAGCCAGUCAAUUUGGCCAAUUAGGUCUCGGCAAGGUGCUGCAGUGUUCGAGUCCAGAACUAGUCACUUCAUUAGCGCAAGAAAUAAUCGUUGACGCAGUGGCUGGGCAAUACCAUUCGGUAGCACUGACUGCAGACGGCAGAGUAUUCACUUGGGGCUGGGGUGUUCACGGUCAAUUGGGCCACGGUAACACCGACGAGAAAAGUAUACCGACAUUAGUCACGUCUCUGCUCGGUGUAGUGGUGUGCCACAUUAGCGCCGGUUAUGCACACACCUUGGCAUUGUCCGUGGACGGUUUUGUAUAUGCUUUCGGAUGUAAUGUACUAGGCCAAUUAGGAGUAGGUAGCAACAAUAAAAGUUCGAUCCCGAUGAAAGUGUCGUUACCGGAAGGCAUAAAACUUAUAAGUACGGGAUACUUUCACAAUCUAGUUGUCAGUAAUACAAACAAAUUAUACACAUGGGGUGCUAGCCCUCAAGCUCUUAGACUGCAAGCACAAGCACAAAAGAAGAGUCGCAUACUAGAGCAACAAGAUGCUAGUGAGAAAAGAAACAGAACUUCGGAAGAUUUAGAAAAAAUGCCGAAUAGCAGCCUAAAUUUAGACGAAGAAAUGAAAGAGUUCUUGGAGAAUAACAUACAAACUAAGUCGGCACAAACAGAAACGACUUCCAACAUAGAGAUACAAAAGAAACUGUCCGAGAACUCAAAUUUAAAGAAUCUGAACACCGGUUUCAUCGAAGAAGAUCAAACACAUUUGAAGCCAUCUGUAGUGGAUACAAGUUUGGUCAAAGGACAGAUUACUCAGAUAUCAGCCGGCUGUCAUCAUAAUGCACUGAUAACAAAAGAUGGUUCUUUAUAUACAUGGGGCCGUAAUUUUGAUGGCCAAAUAGGUAACGGUACAAGACGAGACGUGCCAAUUCCGACGCCUUUGUAUUAUAAUUCAGCCUGUAUUUUUGCACAAAUACCUCCUAGGCAUAAUGAUUUUAAAAGAAUGCAAAAUCGACAGGACUUGGACAAUAAUGCUAAGUCGAACGAUUCGUUGAACAACGGGAACGUAUCUGAGACUAAUGGAAAUAUCUCUAAUGCGUUUAAGUCAACGAACACAGAGCACGCUGCUCCGAUUAGAGAGAGAAUUAAUCCUAUCAUUAACACCGUUGUGAUUGCUUGUGGAUACGAUUAUACGGUCGCGAUACAACCAGGAGGUACGGUGCUAGCUUGGGGUAACAAUAGCAGAGCGCAAUUGGGUCGUAUUCCUGCAAGAGAUACACGCGAGACCGAUGAGAAACUCGUGUUGCUGAAAUCGUCAAAGCGAGUGGUGCGACUUCCUCACACGAUGCAUGUAGUUUUAGAUGUACCUAGUCAAGUGCCCGGUAUUUCGACACCAGUGAUAUCUUAUCAAACCAACGACACGUCUUCUCUCGCCGGGUUCCUUUGUCCUUUGAGCAUGAUCGAGAAGACACUGGGGGAACUGACGCUUCAUUACGUUCUUGAAUAUUUUCAUGGCUUAUACUGCUCUGGCAGUAUUAUGGAGAAGUGUAUGGAGUUGGAGAAUUAUCAGGCUUGUUCUAAAGUAGCUGCGUUAGACGGCAAUAUUCUGGCUGCUUUUAAUUAUCAAUUAAAAAUGUUGCACAAAUUAAGUCUUCAGUCAUCUGCAAAUUAUUUAAUGCUAGAAACGUCACACGAAACAAUAGAGUUUACGGCGAAGAUGACUGCGCGAAACGCGGACAUAUUAAAGAACUCAGAGUCAUCCUGCAACAUUAAGAGGAAUACUGAACUGUUCAACAAACAAGCGGAGAAGAAUCUCAUGGAAUCCUUGGAAGACAGCAUGGCGAGAAGCUGGGCAAAAAUUCCCACGAGUAGAUCAUUGAAUAAUCUGCAGACACUCGCUCAGGAAUUAUAUACUUUCGACUGUCAAGGAGGUUUGGAAGAAUUGUGCAGGAAUCAGAAAAAUGAGAAUCCAUCCGCGAACGUCAGUAUGGAUUACUCUGACGUCGAGUCUAACAUGAACGAGAACGAGCAACAAGAGUGGAUUGAGAACUUUAUGUUCAACAAGAAUGACUCAUUGCCGCAACAUAAGAACGUCGCGCACAGUUCCGCACAAAAUCUAACCCGAUCAAUCUGCACAGACACAAUGUCGAACGUGAAGAACAAUCAAAUGGAUCAGCGCGAUUCGUACAAAGAGAAGAAUCUGCUCUCUGAUAAAGCGACGUCGCGCUCACAGAGAAAUUAUGUUAUCAACGAAACUAUAAAAGCACUCAAAUUCUAUUUAAGCAACAUCGCCAAUGAAGCGAAUACUUUGAAAUGCGAAUUAUUGCAAAGCGCCAUUGAUUUCUGGAUCGAACACGAUUUACCGAUACAGAGUUUGGAGAAUAUUUUUCUCGAAUAUAUAUAUAUUAUUUAUUACCCACUUGGAUUGUUAUUGUUCUGUCAAAAUGCAAUAGGAAGAUAUCUGGACGCGAAUAAGUACAACAACACGGAAGACAAGAGUUUCUGCGUGAUCGACUUAUUUUCAAUCAAGUUCUGCCUUCAAGUAUUGUCCUUGUUGUUACAACAUAUAGAUCAAGACGAGAUUAUGCCUGAAUAUAUCAAAAUCUUUUCCUGUCUAAUGGCUGAUUAUUGUGGCGCACCUUUGAACGGAUAUCCAGGUGCAAGUGGAAAUAAUAGCCCGGAGCAGAUGAUGGAGGGUAUUAUCAGUACCAUAUUUUCCGAAAUGGAAGAUUCCAAAUUGUUUGCACAUAUCAAGGAUUCCGAUGCUGUACAUCGUUUGCUUAUGACAGAAGAAGAUAGUAUGGUUUUCACUUGUGGACACCAUUUUCCGAUGUCUGUAUACGACACAGAAAUUAUCCCAACGAUGGAGACCGAAUUGCUGAUGUCCCCGUCAUUAGUUCUUCCGUGUACGUCGCAAUAUUUAGGGAACAUGUUUUCUCGCUCUUCCAAGCUAGAGAUUCUGUGUCCGUUGUGUAUAGUCAAAGCAUUAAGAGCAACGGUGGAGAAAAAUUACGAAUGAAAGUAUCCAAGAUAAAUUAGUCGUAUCGGAAGGAAAAGUUUUCCUUAGAUAAUAUAUAUACCAAAGAUGACCAAUACACCUCUCAGUAGUUUCAUAAUUAUCGAUAUUUAUUACACGUUGACUGCCACGCAACUUUCCAUUGAUUAUUUCAAAGCCUAACACAUUCGCGUCCAUUGACGUAAAAGAGAUAAGCAUAAUAAGACAUCAGCGGCUGCGAAUAUCAAUUACAGUUUGAAUAAUCAAAAAUACGGUAAAUGUGAUUUAUUUAAUACAUAAAUUUUUAAUUAAAUAAAUCUAAUUUACGGUGCAUAUGUCUGUUAGCUCGUUUUACUGGCUCGUUGUUGGCUAUAUGUUCAAUUUAUUGUAUGCAACGACGUUAUGACUGACACACGUAAAUUAAUGAGACGCGGCAAUUUAGUGUCGGUCGUCACUAACCCCCAUGACAGUCAACAUGUUAACGAUGUUAAAAGAAUUGUAUUGUAAGAAUAUAGAAAUUAUUGGACAAAUAUCUCAUCGUGUUAGAAAGCAGUAGUUACCUUAUUUAACAUUGUAACACACUGUGAUUGACAUUGUUUCCUCGAGAAUAAACUUGCCCUUAAAGAAAGUGAUAAAAAUAGGGAUGUGAUAAAAAUAGAGAUUCAGAGUUUGUAUGAUUUCAUUGCGUAGAAUAUAUUAAUUAAAUUAGAUUGAAAUUUGCGCUGGUAUAGAAAUGAUAUCUGUUUCAUUUUGAGAGACGGAAGAAAGAAAAAAGAAAGAGAGAAUGAGAUGCAGAGAGCAGAAUUAGACGAACAAAUAUGCGUUAUUUAUUACGCGUCUGGACUGAUUUUUUUCUUGAAAAUUUGACAACGUAAUGAUGAGCCAUCGAUGAGAAGAUAAAUCUAUAUAAACUGUAUGUGGUAGAAAUAAGAUCGUAGAUUCUACCGUUUUGCAGUACAAUUUGAAACCGUAAUGAAUGAAUAGUUUCUUUUUGGCAUUUCUUUGGCAUGUAUAAUAUUUCACGUGCCUUAGUAUAGCAAAAACGAAUAGAUCAUUUUUUGAACAUACAUGUGAAAUAUAAUGUAUACGAAUUAAAUCUGUGAUUCUCACAAUUAUAUUGAUUUGUUCAUCUAAUUCUGCUAGAUUUUUCCGACAGGAAGAUGCGUUCGUUCUAUGCUUUUGCAAAACAAUAAUUCUUUGUAAAUGUGAUUUUUUCGAGAUCUCGUAUCCAACUUAUUAUAUAUUGAUAGUUAUUUUAGUAACCAAUUAGUGGUUAAUAUAUAUAUAUAUAUCGUUACUUAUUUUAUAUGUAUAUUUUAUUAUUCAGGAAUACAUUAAAAUGUAUACCUGUCAAGUAUAUCUAUAUACACACACACAUACGCACGCACGCACA